CCCGGGAUAAGUAGCUUUAGCGAGCAGGGGGACAGCCGGGCGCUGCAAGAAUGAAAAAUUCAAAUCAACAUUGAUUUUCACUGUUCUUCCUUGGAAUUUAAUUCAGUAUACAUCUAUUGAGCGCUGGUGGGAUCAUAAUUGAGGUUUUACGAUCAAGGAAAUUGAAGAGAAUCCUGAUGACUAGCGUGUUGGGAGAGGACUGAAGGAAGCCAGACCAGUCCCUGAACUCUCAGAUCUUCUUGGGUGCCCUCUGGCUCCCAGGUGACCUGCAGCAGGACCUCUGGUGGGAUCACUGAGGCUCAGUAACAGAAUUGAAGACGGAAUCCACUCAUCUGAUUCUCAGUUGAGGGCUUUUCCUAAACUGAGCCUCAUUGGAGAGAAGAGAUUUCUUCCUCAAUUGACUAGUGUUGAAGUUUGCUGAAGCUUGUGUCCACUGACCAUCCUACGAGCUAUUAUCUGAGAUUCCAACAAUGUCUCACCCAUCUUGGCUGCCACCCAAAAGUACUGGUGAGCCCCUAGGCCAUGUGCCUGCACGGAUGGAGACCACGCCUUCCUUUGGGACCCCCAGCAUUUCAGUGUCUACACAACAGCCACCCAAAAAGUUUGCACCAGUAGUUGCUCCAAAGCCCAAGUACAACCCAUACAAGCAACCUGGAGGUGAAGGUGAUUUUCUUCCACCCCCACCCCCACCUCUAGAUGAUCCUGGUACUCUUCCAUCUGGCUCUGGAAACUUCCCUCCUCCACCACCGCUAGAUGAAGGUUCUUUCAGGGCACAGGGAAAUCCUGGAGGCAAGACCAUUGAGGAGAGACGUUCCAGCCUGGAUGCUGAGAUCGACUCAUUGACUAGCAUCUUGGCUGACCUUGAGUGCAGCUCCCCCUACAAACCUCGGCCCCCACAGGGCUCUGCCAGUACAACAGCCUCUCCUCCAGUCUCCACCCCUGUCACGGGACACAAGAGAAUGGUCAUACCAAACCAACCCCCUCUAACAGCAACCAAAAAGUCUACAUUGAAACCGCAGCCUGCACCUCAAGCUGGGCCCAUCCCUGUGGCUCCAAUAGGGACACUAAAACCCCAGCCACAGCCAGUCCCAGCCUCCUACACUACAGCAUCCACCCCUUCAAGGCCUACCUUCAACGUGCAGGUGAAGUCAGCCCAGCCCAGCUCACAUUACAUGGCUGCCCCUUCACCAGGACAAUUUUAUGGCCCAGGGUCAGGACACCAGGGCUAUAACCUUCAACCAGUUCCUGUUUCUGGUCAAGGUCCACCUCCUCCAACACGGGGAGGCAUGGAUUAUACAUAUAAUCCACCCCCAGGCCUUCAACCUGAGUCUGGGUAUGGAUAUGGCCCUAACCAAGGGCGCUAUUAUGAAGCCUAUAGCCCAGCAGGGCCUGUGUAUGGGGGCAAAAAUGACUCUGAUCCUGCCUAUGGUCAACAAGGUCACCCCAAUACCUGGAAACGGGAACAAGGAUACACUCCCUCUGGGACAGGAAACCAGCACCCUACUGGCAUGUAUCCAGUUGCUGGUCCCAAGAAGACCUAUAUCACAGAUCCUGUUCCAGCCCCCUGUGCACCACCACUGCAGCCAAAGAGUGGACAAACAGGAUCAAAGGGUCCUCAAGCUGGUCCACCCUCAUUCCGCCCUGAAGAUGAACUGGAGCACCUGACCAAGAAGAUGCUGUAUGACAUGGAAAAUCCACCUGCCGAUGAAUACUUCGGUCGCUGUGCUCGCUGUGGGGAAAAUGUCAUUGGGGAAGGGACAGGAUGCACUGCCAUGGACCAGGUCUUCCAUGUGGAUUGUUUCACGUGCAUCAUCUGCAACAGCAAGCUCCGGGGGCAGCCCUUCUACGCCAUGGAGAAGAAAGCCUACUGUGAGCCCUGCUACAUUAAUACCCUGGAGCAGUGCAGUGUAUGCUCCAAGCCCAUCAUGGAGCGGAUUCUCCGAGCCACCGGGAAGGCCUACCAUCCUCACUGCUUCACCUGUGUGAUGUGCCACCGUAGCCUGGAUGGGAUCCCAUUCACCGUGGAUGCUGGUGGCCUCAUCCACUGCAUUGAGGACUUCCACAAGAAAUUUGCCCCCCGAUGUUCUGUGUGCAAGGAGCCUAUCAUGCCAGCCCCCGGCCAGGAGGAGACUGUCCGAAUUGUGGCUCUGGAUCGUGAUUUCCAUGUUCACUGCUACCGGUGUGAGGAUUGUGGUGGCCUCCUGUCUGAAGGAGAUAACCAAGGCUGCUACCCUUUGGAUGGACACAUCCUCUGCAAGACCUGCAACUCUGCCCGCAUCAGAGUGUUGACCGCCAAGGCUAGCACCGACCUUUAAGUUCAGUGUCCUGUUCAGCUGGUUAGUUGGUGGUACUGAGAAGAAUGAAACACCAAAAAUAAAUAAAUAAAUAAUAAGAAGAAGAAUACUAAGAAAAGCAAUAGGAAAAUAGAAGAAAGGCAUUCAAGCUAUAGGAUGGUCUCUGUUCUUCAUGUAGUAGGAAACUUUCGUAGAAACACAUAGAUUAUAAGAUUUUUUUAAAACAUUCUUACCAACUACACAUUUCACAUUUAGUUAUGUAGGACCUUGAUGGGCCUUUGUUCCCAAGGACUUCCACAUUUUUGCACGGAUUAUGCUCCAUCCCAUUCACUUCCGCAUUCCUGUACGCUUUAAUCCCUGUUUGUCUCACUUUUCAUCUGGUUGAAUGGCUUUUUUUAGUGUGGUAUUUGCUGUCACACAGAUUUUCCUGGGUGAGUCUGCCCACUCACAGGUGCUUUUAGGCUUGAAGUCUCUCCAUCCUAUCAUGUUCACAUUUCCUCUGAUCAUAAAGGAUAGUUGUUCUCUUUGUGUAUCAAAAAGCAUAUCUUUCUGUUGCUCUAAACGGGUCAUGUCCCUUGGCGGGGGAGGGGAGGAAAUGCACAAUUUAUAUGUUAGACUAUAAAGAAUUUAAGUUGUAAAUUAGAUAGGUUAAAACAAGCCCAAAUUUGUAACCAUCCAAAUCAAAACCUAUAGUGACCAGUUGUCAGGGCUCAUUUGAAAACAGGUAUUAGUGAAAGAGGUCCAAACUUCAAUGUUUUUCUAAAGAAAUUACAGGUAGAAUAUGCUGGAAAAAACAUUUGGGGUUAAGUUUGAAAAGCCCAUUAUUAUCCCACAAUAUUAUCUGAAGAUUCCCCUUUUUCAUGCUGCUUAGACACAUUAUAGACAACCUUUUUUGUCUCUAGAAUAUAACAUUUUCUGUACUGUCCUACUUUUCAUAUCAGAAAUCUUGAUUUUUUUUUCUAAUAUUCAAACAUGACUACCAAAAUUGAUUUUUUCUUUAGUGAAAGAUAGCUUUAAAUAGCUGUGCAACCCCCCCACUCCCCAGACCCAGGUCCUUUUUGCCCGAUAAUUGUUAAUCAGGGCACACAAAAUAAAAUUGUGUAGUUUUGUCUAGUUUACUUUAAAAAGACAGGAAAACUUGAAGAGUGUGAAACCACAGUUUCAUUAUUCUCUUAAUCCUUCUGCAACUGAAAUUACAUAUCAUAGGAGACAUUUUCAUAUCAUUAUGUGACAUUUCACCACACUUUCAAAGACAAUCACUGAAAAACAUAGUUGCCUUUCUGAGCUAAAAAUAUGCAGAGUCUCUGCCUGGAAUCGUUAUUCAAACUCUGCCAGGCAGGGAAAUGCUUGCUUGUCGACUGUGGAACCAUACUUCAUUAGGUUCUAACUUGUUUCUUUUAUGGAGACACCGAUCUUAAUAACGGCAGGUUGCCGUCUUUUAAACUAAUUAAGUAUUUUGGAUUGAGAUUUCUUAAACCUUUCUUCAAAUCUUCCACAAGUAUAUACUUUUAAAUUAUGAAGUAUUUUAAAUAUACACAAAAGUAUAAAUAAUAAUAUAAUGAGUCUCUGUAUAUGUAACACCCAGUUUAAGAAAUCAAAUAUAACAAAUAUAGUUACAUUCCCGUGUACCCUUCCCUGAUUCCACAAAUAGAUUUUUCAUGAUUUUAAAGUGAUAGAGCCAGUUUUUUCAGUCUGAUUUUUUUUA